AUGAAGCGCGUAAAGCUGGCUCCUGGCAGCAAGAAGCCAAUCGAGCAGAACUCAAGCAGACCCUUCCUCGCGGCCACAAAACCCCUCCCGAGAAGUCUUCGCGGGGGUGAAGCAGAGUUCACUCAUCAGGAUGUGAGCACUUGCGACUUGCCAGGUCAAUCACACAAUCGAGUCAAGGAUGUCGAUGUUGAACAAACGAUAUCUCGUGAAGCAUCACCUCAGCCUGCAGAGGGUCGCGAGGGCACCGAAAACGUCGAGACUCCUGAGGGUCGACGUUGUGCUCCAAGCGAAGUGGGAAGGAUCAGUUCGGCUCAAGAAAGAAACCAGCCAGUUAUUAUGAGCACAAACGCCAUCGCCGAUAAAGUUAUGGAAGUCUGCGAUGCACUCAGCUCGGAAGCACUCGGACUAAAAGAGGCUGCAACCCUUCUGUCUGCUGUCUUGACUCCAGACCUCCUGCGCCACCCUUGCUGUGAAGACAAGGAAGGAACCGAGAGACUGUUUUCCAGUUCGAGGAUACUCUGGAAUUACUGUGUUGCUUACACGAAUGACCUGUUAACCGGUGUCACGGAGCAAAGCUUAGUACCUCACGGGCUGACCAAAUCGCUCGAGCAGCAGAGAGAAGCUGCCAAGCAAGUCACACUUCUUCGCAGCAUCGCAGCUGACCUGCUCGAAUAUUGCCUGUCCGAUCACAUCACAAUUUCUGAUGCGCAAAUUGCGCUAUCAUUCACCUCGAAGGUCGCAUGUCUCUAUCAUGAGGAAGGAGACUUCGAGAAGGCAGCUACUAUGUUUGCGCGGGCAUCAAAAUAUUGUGAUAUUGUCCGUCAGCACAUCUCCUUGACCAACAAUGAUGAAAAUCACAGUGAAGCCAGCGCAAACACGCAGCUUUUACUUUCUCAGUUGUUCGAUUUGCUCGCGACUGAAGCAAGUAACGCAUGGCAUCUAUCUGACAUAGAUAGGUGCCACCUUCUUCUUGAUGACGCAUACGCUGUCGCGACCCACAGGAAGCAAAAUGAGGCCAGUCAAGCUGAUGCUGUCAAGAAGCUGGUGCUUGUCCAGUUGUUUCUCGGCAAAUCAACGCUGGAAGUUGCUGUCUCGAAUAAUCCAAAUCAAGCUGUCAGAUUUCUAGAGGGAGCUUUUGAGAUCCUAAGCAAACACCUACCAUCGUGGAUGACAGAAGAAUAUUGCCUUGAUCAUCCUGAUGUUACUUGCGGUAAUGAAAACAGUGAAAUUGCAAUCGAAGUUCUCCGAUAUCUUGCAUGUGCGCGUCUAUCUUGCAAUCUGUAUGAUGGCACGACGAAAUGUAUCGAGACAAUAAAGGGCAAAGUGGCAAAAUACAAGCCAUCAUCUAUGACUCCAAACCUCGACUUCACGCUAUCUUACCUAUCUUUUCAAGCACACCUGCAGUCUGCUUCUAUGGAUCAAGCGUUCAUUGCCAUGGAGAAAAUAUUGCAGAACCCCAUCGCUCCCCUUAAAUCUUGCACUCGAGUCCUGCUCGAAUAUUUUCACGCAGCACCUGGCCCACAAAGAAAAGCAAUAGAGUUAUUUGUCUCGAAAAUAGGAGAUCCAUCAGCAGACGAUGUUGAAGUUCUACAUUCUAUCGAUUCAGUGCUCGAGGGAAUAAUUGUAACGGCCAAGCAUGAGAUCUUGGACGAUACCACCGAAGCAAUUCUCUUGCUGAUAUCUGAGGAAAAGGUGAAAACUCGACUGCUAGCUUCUCAAGGGACAGAAAGCCGAGCUCAUAUUCUUAUUUUCAAUCAUGCCUCCGCGAUGUUUAAGGCCAAAUGCUUUCAUCUUGCGUGUAAGCUUUACCAGUGCUCUGAAGAUUUUUUGGACGCUAAUGGGUCAGGAUCCAACCCCCCCCGAGUACAGCUUCUUCGGCUUCAAGCACGUUGCCAAGUUGGUUCCGGGCUUUUUGAGGACGCCCUUGCGACUAUAAUCACCGUGGAAUCGCUUGAAUCUCCAUUGUCUCCAUCGACCUUGCUAAUCAAAUUUACAAUUCUGCUCUGCUUGGAUGGGAAAGAAACUGAGUUGGAUGAGUUGAUGAAACUUCUCUUUGCCCUCGAGGACGUUGACUUCUUAAUUGCAGCAGCCCACGAAGCUGAAAUUCGAGCGAAUCAUCAUAUUGCUUCUCUUGUACUUUUCGAACUUCACCGUCUCAUCAGCAAGGAUCGAGAGGAUGGUCCUUUGCAUGAUAUUGAAAUUUUGGUGUUUCGCCUGGCCGUAUUCCAUUUGACGGAGCCACGAAACAAGGAUGCAGGCGAAGGUGACAGCCUGGCUGUCAGAAUCGGAAAGCUGUUCCAGCUUCUUGUUGAUCGUCUGAAACAAACUAAAGGAAUGCAACCACUGUCAGAGACAGAUGGAGAGUACUUUACGUCGGUUGCCUGGAACACAGGAUUGGAAGCAGUGAAAAAGGGAGAGAAGACGCCCGCAGCUGUUUGCUUCUCGACUUGUGCGUUCCUCAUCCCCUUCUUUUUCCCCGACACGACCGACGAGGGCCAUCCGAAUAAGUCAUCAUUGAUUCAUAAAGUACGGAAAGCAUCGGCUUUGCUGCUGGUUGGAGCUUGUAUACUGGACCUCUGCAAAGAGCAACACCCUGCAAUAACGCGGAAUGGGCUUCCGAAGAAUUACCAGAAUCUUUUGCAUCAGGCCCGAGGCGCGCUUACAAAACUGCUCAAGCUCGUUGAUGCGCUAAUCGCCGAGGAGUAUGAAGAGGAGUUCGUAUCACGUAUGCGAGUGUCUGCUAUAGUACUUAUGCACGAACUCUUGUGUUUGGAAGGAAAUGAUUCGCCUGAUGGAUCGCGCCAGGUGCAGUUAAUGCAGACACCAUGCCUGUCUGUAAAGGAUAUUGUCUUGAUGGCAAGUAUCUCAGCUAAAUUUGGGUCCCCUAAAGCUUCCUCUCGUGCCCUUGACAUUGCAUUAGAUACGAUGCUUGAAGCCUCAAGUCCCGACGAAGACACAAUCGCUGCCAUCGUGCGUAAUCGUAUCGAACUUGAAGACUCAGAAAAGGUCGAAGAGCAGCUAUUCAAAAACGCAGCAACCAACCUCGCACUUCUUUCUUCGUAUCCGGCUGAUGAAGCGGCGUGGCUUGUGACUACAUCAUUCAAUCGUGGAGUCGCACAUUAUAGGAUGGGAAGAAUCGAAAAAGCGGCGGAGGCAUUCGUGAUUGCUCAGGAGCUUGUUUGUCAUGGCAAGAAAUUUGAUCCCACUCUUGUUCGAUUGGAGAGCCGCAUAAGGGAGGCCCGUGCUGCCGUCGAGCCUGCCCAAGCGUGA